UUCCUCUGAUCAUCCUUAAAUAUCUCUCUCUCCCUCGUCUUCCUCUUACCUUUGUACCCCAACAUGAACUCAUCGUCGUUAAACAUCCUUUCUUCUCCUCCUCUAAUAAUUUCUACCUCAACACCAUCUUUAAAACCUUUCCAUAGCCCUAACUUUUCUCCCAAGCUCCCCAAAAGGAUCAAUCUCAACUUCGUUUCGAAACAGAAUCCAAAACAUGACUUCCCUGUCUCUUUCGCGACAGCUUCCGUUGAAGCUCCCUUCCGAACAACAACCACGGCCGACAAGCUUCACCUCCUCGUGUCCGAGUUCCGGUCCUUAACCGAACCCAUCGACCGAGUUAAACGUCUCUUGAACUACGCAACGGCUUUAGCUCCCUUCGACGACUCGGCUCGUGUUCCCGAGAACCGAGUCACGGGAUGCACGACUCAGGUUUGGUUAGAGAUCAAGAUGGACGAGUUAGGUAGGAUGAGGUUUAAAGCAGACAGCGAUUCAGAGAUCUCCAAAGGGUUCUGUUCUUGUCUUAUUUGGAUCCUCGACGGUGCGAAGCCAGAGGAAGUGAUGGGCGUGAGAGGGGAGGACUUGUCGGAGAUGAACGUUGGGGUUCACGGAAAGGUCCAGUCGAGGGUUAACACGUGGCAUAACGUUUUGAUGAGUAUGCAAAAACGGACCAAGGCUCUUGUUGGUGAUGCUGACGUGGCGCACAGGGAAGGAGACAGAACAGUAACGCAUCAGCGUAGUCUUUUGUUUGGUUAUGUUAAUGGGAGAGGUUACUUGGAAUCUUCUUCUAAGGCUCAUCGUGAUUACUCCGUUUCGCUGCUUCCUUUGGGUUAUGAUUUUACGAUAUGAAAUGUUGUUGGUGCGUUACUUUAGAAUGUUUUUGUAAAGUGCUCUGGAACAUAAAUUGAAAGUUUGUGUUUCUUUAUUUUGCAAAUCUAUAGUUUUGAGUUUGAG